CCAAACGUUGUCCCCGACCCUGACCGCUUUGUCGUAGUCAUACCAACGAUUGGUAACGAGUUUUCCAUGGAAACCUGCCCGGGGUUUGUUUACGGGAAACCUUACUCUUGAAAUUUUCAUCGUACGCAAUAGAUUAGUCGUCGAGUCGCAAUGUUAACGAAGAAGGAAAAGCUGCUUAUCCGCCCCUGGCAAAUGCAGCGUUAUAUUAAUCAUCGGAUUAAAGUCGUGACGGCCAUGCCUGCCAUCGAUUUCCAUCCACCACCGGAACGGAUUCACAUCGCCCAAAAGCUGAAGAAGCAACAGAAAGAGCUCGAGCGAAAGGAAAAGAUAGAGCAAGAAAACAUCCGUCUACUGCAACGCCUUGGUGCCAUUAUGAGCAAGAAACGGUUGGAUAACAUUUGGACCUACACACGACCGAACUUCCUCCGACGCGAAAAUAUCUAUCCCAACCGUCCCAAGACUACACCAGAUGCCAGUGGUCAUCGACGAGCUUCCGCCAAGCCAGCAGGAGGCAACCUUGCAAAUCCCACCGGAUCACCGCUGACAAACUGGACCAAAUCAAUCCGUUGCAGUGCUUGCAGUGCACCGGCGCGUGUUGCAAUUCAGCUUAAUCAAAUCGCACCGGAAGGACGUAUACCAUGGGCUCCACAGCGGAAAACCUCCAACCGGAAGCUGCUGCAGGAGGCUGAAACGGAACAACACGAAUGUUGUCGAUUCUGCUGCUGCUAGAUUUAGCUACUUCCGGGCACAGAUUAUUUUCCGCUCCUACUGGUGGUUGGUGAUAAAAACGUUGUAUGGACAAAUGAGUAGCUGCACAAGAAUGUAGUUUGUUUACAAUCGGUCUUGUAUUUUCAUCACCCUUUUCCGACGAAAAAUAAACACCACACUCACACUUCACUUAAGCGGAAUAAAAC